AUGGCUUUUUCAGCACCAUCACUUGUCAAAUUCUCUCUUUUCGUCGCCAUUUCAGCAUCAGCCCUCCUCUGUUCUGCUCUAGCUCGUGAUUUCUCCAUCGUUGGUUAUAAUCCGGAGCAUUUGACAUCCACUGAUAAGCUUCUAGAGCUUUUUGAGUCAUGGAUGUCAGAACACUCCAAGGCUUAUCAAAGCGUGGAGGAGAAAGUUCGCAAGUUCGAGGUGUUCAGAGAGAACCUGAUGCAUAUAGACCAGAGGAACAAUGAGAUCGAGAGUUACUGGCUCGGUUUGAACGAGUUUGCGGAUUUGACCCAUGAAGAGUUCAAGGCAAGAUAUCUAGGACUUGCAAAGCCGGAAUUCUCUAGAAAGAGAGAGCCUUCUGCUAACUUCAGGUACAGAGACAUCACCGACUUGCCAGAUUCCGUCGACUGGAGGAAGAAAGGCGCUGUGACUCCUGUCAAGAACCAGGGUUCAUGUGGUAGCUGUUGGGCGUUUUCGACAGUUGCAGCUGUUGAGGGAAUUCACCAGAUCGCAACAGGGAAUUUGAGUUCGCUUUCAGAGCAAGAACUCAUUGACUGUGACACAACUUUCAACAGUGGUUGCAAUGGAGGUCUCAUGGACUAUGCAUUCCAGUACAUAAUUUCGACAGGCGGUCUCCACAAAGAAGACGAUUACCCUUAUCUCAUGGAGGAAGGAAUUUGCCAAGAGCAGAAGGAGGAUGUAGAACUUGUGACAAUCAGCGGAUACGAAGACGUACCACAAAACGAUGAUGAAAGCCUGGUGAAGGCUUUAGCUCACCAGCCUGUCAGUGUGGCUAUUGAGGCUUCAGGAAGAGACUUCCAGUUCUACAAAGGGGGAGUGUUUAAUGGACGAUGUGGAACAGACCUAGACCACGGUGUAGCAGCGGUUGGGUAUGGUUCAUCAAAGGGAUCAGACUACGUUAUUGUCAAGAACUCAUGGGGAUCAAAAUGGGGAGAGAAAGGGUAUAUUAGAAUGAAGAGAAACACCGGUAAACCAGAGGGACUCUGCGGGAUCAACAAGAUGGCUUCAUAUCCUACCAAGACCAAGUGA